AUGGCGCAGCAGAGAACUAACCAGAAAAGUGUCGGAGACCCUCUACCAAUAGUUCAGAACAACUAUACGCAAAGUGUGAGCCUAGUGGAAAAGAUCCUUAGGUUCAGGGUCCCUGAUGAUUACUGCAACAGGCGACGUGGUGGUGGUGGACAACCCCUCCUGGCAACCGAGCCCUCUCGCACUGAACUGCACCGACACUCGCCUAUUCCACGUACGACUGCACGCCUCAACUCCUUGCUCGCAGCAUCGCCGCAGUGUGAUGUGUUUGUGACUGGGAUAGAGAGACUGAUGACGGAAUGGAAGAGAGUCUUGGAGAGAUGUAUGAAUGAAUUAAUUGUGGUUGGGCUGGCAAUAGUGUUUUUGUGGGUCUACGCCAACGGGGCCAACGGGGUCAACGGGGUCAACGGGUACAAUAAAUAUGAGGAUAUUAUAUCAUGUUAUAAUAACGAAUUGGAAGAUGAUCUACCGCAAAUGGAAAAUCAUAGGUUUAACAGUACGAAAAAACAUAUUUACUUCCAUGAAACCACGUGUAACGGUUCACUCGGUCCCCGACAAGCAUGCGUGGUUGAAUCGGCUGCGAGAUUCCAUCCGGACUGGCAAAUUAACAUAGCGUUCUCAGCUCCUAUGAAUAUGAGUUCACGGGCUAAUCUGAAUCCUUUUCAAGGGUUUUCCAAUGUAAAAUUUUGGCGGGUCAAUAUCUUGAAAUAUGUUAAGAAUACUCCGGUAGAAUAUUUGAUAACUAGACAUUAUUUAAAUAAAUCAUAUGAUGCAGUCCGUCACGCGGCGGAUAUCCUACGUCUAGUAACGCUGUACAAAUGGGAUGGCGUAUACCUUGACUUGGACGCGUUGCUCGUUAAGCCUCUAUAUGAUCUAGAGCGGAACUUUGUCACAAGGGAGAAUGAUUAUUCUGUAUCAACAGGCCUUCUGUCAUUCUCUAAUGACAGUGCCGGCAGAAGUAUCGCUAAAGAAGUUUUAUGGGAACUAGCGACCACAUUUAAUCCUAAACUUUUUGUUUAUAAUGGUCCCGGCUUAAUGACCAGAAAGUUUGAAAUGUAUUGCAACACUAACAAUUUUUCUCAAAUGACCAUGCCGACAUGUAAAGUUGUAGUUCUAUCUUCAAGCGGUUAAUGACAGAAUUGAAAAUUUUGAACAAAUUGCAUUGACCUACGAAUUGAAAUAAAAAUUACUUUUAUAGGUAUUAGAAUAUACGGACCUUCCUAC